UACAUCUUCUUCUUCCUUCCUUCUUUUCGCACUUCUUCUACGUCGCCACUUGUCCCUUCUGCAGCAGAGAGCUACGAUCUCUCUCUCUCUCUCUCUCUCUCUACACGAGACAUCACUGACCUUUGAACGCGACUGACGGGAAAAGCCCAUUUCUUCAGCAAUUUUCUCUCUCAACGCAACACGUCCAAGAACUCCUUCUCGAUCCAACAAUCACAGGGAUCAUCGCCAUUUCUGGGGAAAGAUAAAGAUAGCUCCGGGAAAUAAGAUUGCAUUCUCGACAUGGAGUCCUUCAAGAAGUCGUUCAAAUCCCACGGUUCCUACAAGCACGCGAGGAGGCUCUCCGCCGGGGGGACCCCCAACUCCUCCACCAGCCACGAGGAGCUCCCCAUCCUCUCCGAUCUCCCCCUCGAUGACGGCGGCGGCGAUGAUGUGGACCGCCAUCACUGUCGGCAGGCACCCGAUCGCCCUGACCGGAGCGACGUCGUCCUCAAGAUCGUCGACAGUGUUGACAACAACUGCAUGAUGUCGAGGGAAGCCAGCGUUAUUUCGUGGAGGGACGGGAUGUCGGAGGGGGACAAUGUCGCGAGGAGCGGCGGCAGUGAUGAUCCGGUACAUCGAGGGAAAGAGAUGGACGAUCCGCCGUCGAAGCUGAUCAAGCAGUUCUUGACGAAGCAGGGCGCCUAUGGUGGUGAGGUCUCUCUGGACAUGGACUUGGAGAUGGACGAGUUGCGCCAGGAAGCCCGAAACGAUAAUUACAGCAACAAGCACAUGCCUCUGGUUUCCGAAUCGCCCGCCAACCCGACCCGGUCCAGAGACCUCAAGGUGUCCUUCGACCAACACUCGGGGAGCCUGGCCGAUCCCCAGCCUGAGACACCCAGGAUGGGCCAACAUGGGGAUAAGAGCUCGCAAAGCAGCAGGGACGACGACGAGGAUUGCCAUGAGGUCUUGAAAUGCUCGUCGAACGUGUCGUUCCAGCGGAGGCAGAGCCUUCUGCGGAUGAAGACCCGGUCCCGCCUGAUGGACCCUCCUGAGGAGCCUGAGCGAAGGUCGGGCCAGAUACCCAAGUCAGGCCAGUUCCGAUCCGGGCUUCUGAGCUUGCUCGGGGAUGACGAGGACGAUGACCUGCUGUCGGAUGAGGACUUGCCGGAGGAGUACAAGAGGGCCAAUUUCAGUGCAAUCACUCUGCUGCAAUGGGUGAGUCUGAUUCUGAUCAUUGCUGUUUUCGUCGUCACUCUCGCGAUCCCGGCGUUGAAGAAAAAGAGCCUGUGGAAGCUCAGCCUAUGGAAAUGGGAGCUCAUGAUCUUGGUCUUAAUUUGUGGUAGAUUAGUCUCAGGUUGGGGAAUCAAGAUUAUUGUGUUCUUCAUCGAGAGGAAUUUUUUCUUGCGAAAGCGGGUUCUGUAUUUCGUGUAUGGCGUUCGGAAGGCGGUCCAGAAUUGCUUGUGGUUGGGGCUAGUCCUGAUUGCUUGGAACUCGCUGUUUGACAAGAAAGUCGACAGAGAGACGAGCGGCCACAGCCUGCGGCACGUGACCAAGGUCCUGGUGUGUCUCUUGGUGGCUACUCUGCUGUGGCUCGUCAAGACCCUGAUCAUCAAGGUGCUCGCCUCGUCGUUCCACGUGAGCACAUACUUCGAUAGGAUCCAGGAGUCGCUGUUCAAUCAGUACGUGAUUGAGACGCUGUCUGGCCUGCCCCUGGUUGAGAUACAGAGGGGGGAGGAUGAGGAGGAGAAGAUUGCAGAUGAGCUCCGGACUCUGCAAAAUGCAGGGGCCAAUGUGCCCUCUGAGCUCCGGGCAGCCGCAUUCUCUACGUUGAGGAGUGGGAGAGUGGUUGGGAACGGCGGGCUCCAGAGGAGUUCGCAGCUCCACAUGAAGAGCAUGAAGUUCUCUCGGGUUCUCUCGGGGAAGGGCGAUGAGGGGUUCUCGAUAGAUCACUUGCACAAACUCAAUCAUAAGAACGUGUCGGCCUGGAACAUGAAGAAGUUGAUGAAAAUCGUCCGGCACGGGGUCCUCUCUACUUUGGAUGAGCAGGUGGUUGAUACUGCCUACGAGGAUGAAUCAACCAACUUGAUAAGGAGCGAACACGAGGCUAAAGCUGCCGCAAGGAAGAUCUUCCAGAAUGUCGCAAAACCUGGCGCCAAAUAUAUAACCUUGGAAGAUCUUCUGCGCUUCAUGAAAGAAGAUGAAGCCUGGAAGGUGAUUGAUCAGUUUGAAGCAGCUGCCGAGAGAAAGAGGAUCAGCAAAUCGAGCCUCAAGAACUGGCUGGUCAAUGUUUUCAGAGAGAGGAGAGCCCUUGCCUUGACCCUGAACGACACGAAGACGGCCGUCAAUAAACUGCAUCAUGUGGCCAAUGUGAUCGUCGCCGUCGUCAUUGUGGUAUUCUGGCUUCUCAUACUCGGGAUCGCCACGAGCAAGUUCUUGCUCUUCCUCAGUUCUCAACUUGUCCUUGUGGCGUUUAUAUUCGGGAAUACCUGUAAGACUGUAUUCGAGGCCAUCAUCUUCUUAUUCGUCAUGCAUCCAUUCGAUGUUGGUGACAGAUGCGAGGUUGAAGGGAUUCAGAUGGUCGUGGAGGAGAUGAACAUCUUAACAACUGUCUUCUUGAGAUAUGAUAAUCAGAAGAUCAUGUAUCCAAACAGCACUCUUUCCACAAAGUCCAUUGGCAACUACUAUCGGAGCCCGGACAUGGGUGACGGGGUCGAGUUCUGCAUCCAUAUAUCGACUCCGGCGGAAAAAAUCGCUCUUAUGAAACAAAAGAUAACCAGCUACAUCAACUGCAAGAAAGAACACUGGUGUUCAUCUCCAAUGAUCAUAAUGAAGGACUUGGAGGAGCUCAACCGAGUGAGGAUGGCGGUUUGGAUCUGCCACAAGAUAAACCACCAGGACAUGGGAGAGAAGUGGGCAAGAAGGUCCCUUCUGGUGGAGGAGAUGGUCAAGAUCUUCCGAGAGCUCGAUCUCCAGUACCGCCUGCUGCCCCUCGACAUCAAUGUCCGCGCGAUGCCAUUCGUGAGCUCUACCCGUCUCCCCCCGGCUUGGACAGAAAAUGGGAGCUAAAACGCGACCGAAGCAGGAAAACCCCGAGAUUUUGCAGACCGAAUUUUUUGUUCUUUCAAAAUUUUGUCCCUGGUAACUCGUGAACCCCUCAGCAGAAACAGGAAUAACGGAGUAUAAUCUUGGCGCGCCCAAGCAACAAUACUGCUGCUUGAUAGUGAGUUUGUAGAUACUUUUCUCUCGCGACUACUAUGUCGCGACAAUCACCAAUAAAAGAAAGCACGGCUGCUGAAA